AUGGGUCCACAUCUGCUGCGGUCCAUCCCCAGCGCCUCCGAUUCUCAUAUAUGGCCAGGCCCCGUCCGUUCCUUUUCUUCCUCAGGACACGACUCCUACAGUCGACCUUCACUCUCAACUCGAGCUAGGGCUCACCAUAUACACACCCAUCCGAAAGAGCGCCACGGGUCUGCAAAGGCCCGUCUAAAAAUCCAGCGAUGUCCGCCGCCAGCUGUUCGUGCGCCGCGGCGGCAAUCCAGACCUCCUUCCACUGGUUCCAGCCCGCCCAACACCGGCACGCAGGAACGCCAUCAAGGGCCUGCUGAAUAUUCGUCAUUGGCGAAUCUUCAUUAUGAUCACAACCUUCUCUCGUCCCUGGCGCCGCCGCUGGAAGGCUCUCCCGCGGCUGUGCCAGUUUGUCAACCCUUCGAUACCCUUCCGGAGUCGGCACACUGGGCAGAACCCGACCUGUCCUUUGAUACCGACUGGAAUUUCAUUUCUGUCAAUCAUCAAACCCCAUACCCGCCUGGCUAUGACGGUGGCGAUGUCCCCGUUCUAGACCUCGGGUAUGGAUCUGCUUUCACCUCUCUGUCGGAUUCGGGUCCCGAGUACCAGAACUAUUUCCCUGCUUCGCUUGUUCCUAGCUCGGCCAAUUCACCACAAGAUGGUCGCUCGCAUCCUUCCCCUGUCUCGCAGUUUCCUGCUCCUGUCUCGACUUCGUUCCCGAGUCCCGCUACGUCCCAGGGCGAUGAUGCUUUAAGUCGCGUGGAUUCCUCGCGAGUGGAAAAGCGUAAGCUUAACACCCUCGCGGCGCGGAGAUGUCGACAGAGGCGUGUGGAUCGGAUGAAGGAUCUUGAGGAGGAGUUGGAGAAGGUCCGGAAGGAAAGAGAUGAGCUGAGACUGAGAUGUUCUAAGCUUGAGGGCGAAACGGAUGCUCUUAAGGGUCUUCUCACUCGCAAGGCUUAG